AUGGAAGAAAUAGUGCUAUAUUCUUACGGAAACAUUUACGAUCCAAUUACCCAAAUUACCAAAUUAUGGCAUGAUCUCUACGAAAUCGAAAACUUCCAAGAAAUCAAUUCAAAUUACUACUGGAAUGGCCUUGGCGAUCUCCCAGUUUUAAGAUUUAAUAAAUCAUUUUUCACAAAUGACCACAUUCUUCCAUUCCUCAAAAUUACAUUUGAUAGUAAUUUUGAUUUUUCAGAAGAAGAAAAGCUUGAAUCUGAUCUGAUUGAGGAGCAAUGCAUAAGCAAAUUACACCCUGCAACUACCUAUGCCAAAUGGAUGGAAGAAGACACAUCCAAAAACUUUUUCUAUUCUAGAGGAAAUUUCUUUUGAAGAUUGCUGAAGCUGCCUUUUGAAAAAUUAAGCUUCAUAAAAGAAAAAAGGCAUAUUAGAGAAUAUCUCGUAAGGCAGCACAAUAUUGUGAAUAAAAGAGACGCUUAUUAUCAAGCAGAAAAAGCUCAUGAAAUUUUAAGCCAAAAAUUGGGGGAGAAACCUUUCUUUUUCAGCAAAGCUGGGAGAAAAGAUUUCCCAAGAAGCACUGAUAUUGUAGUUUAUGCUUAUUUGAUGGAAGAACUGAAUAAUAUUGGAAAUAAUGUUAAUGUGAAGGACUCAUUAGCCAAAUAUGAAAACUUGAUUGGGUUUUUGAAAAGGAUGGAUAGAGUCAUCUCAAUGAAAGGAGGAGAAAUAAAUAACUCUGUUUACAGUUGCUUUGCCCAGCCACCUCAAGAUUGCCAAGAAGAAUAUUUUCCUCCAAAAAUUUAUUUUAAUGUUUCAAAGCGACCUGAAACGUUUUGGUAUGCUUUAAAGUAUCAAAGUAGCCAGAAAAAACUUCAUGAAGAGAAAUCAAUCAAUAAAGAAAUAUUUGUCAACAGAUACUGGAACACUGGGGUUGCAUUGGUUUUUCUUCUAUUUCUCGUCGCAAGGGACUCUAAAUAG